AUGAUGGCAGUGGGAGGCAUGAUGGCAGUGGGAGGCAUGGUGGCAGUGGGAGGCAUGAUGGCAGUGGGAUUCAUGAUGGCAGAGGGAGGCAUGAUGGCAGAGGGAGGCAUGAUGGUAGUGGGAGGCAUGAUGGCAGUGGGAGGCAUGAUGGCAGAGGGAGGCAUGAUGGCAGAGGGAGGCAUGAUGGCAGUGGGAGGCAUGAUGGCAGAGGGAGGCAUGAUGGCAGUGGGAGGCAUGAUGGCAGUGGGAGGCAUGAUGGCAGUGGGAGGCAUGAUGGCAGAGGGAGGCAUGAUGGCAGUGGGAGGCAUGAUGGCAGUGGGAGGCAUGAUGGCAGUGGGAGGCAUGAUGGCAGUGGGAGGCAUGAUGGCAGAGGGAGGCAUGAUGGUAGUGGGAGGCAUGAUGGCAGUGGGAGGCAUGAUGGCAGUGGGAGGCAUGAUGGCAGAGGGAGGCAUGAUGGCAGUGGGAGGCAUGAUGGCAGUGGGAGGCAUGAUGGCAGUGGGAGGCAUGAUGGCAGUGGGAGGCAUGAUGGCAGUGGGAGGCAUGAUGGCAGAGGGAGGCAUGAUGGUAGUGGGAGGCAUGAUGGCAGUGGGAGGCAUGAUGGCAGUGGGAGGCAUGAUGGCAGUGGGAGGCAUGAUGGCAGUGGGAGGCAUGAUGGCAGUGGGAGGCAUGAUGGCAGUGGGAGGCAUGAUGGCAGAGGGAGGCAUGAUGGUAGUGGGAGGCAUGAUGGCAGUGGGAGGCAUGAUGGCAGUGGGAGGCAUGAUGGCAGUGGGAGGCAUGAUGGCAGUGGGAGGCAUGAUGGCAGUGGGAGGCAUGAUGGCAGAGGGAGGCAUGAUGGUAGUGGGAGGCAUGAUGGCAGUUGGAGGCAUGAUGGCCGUGGGAGGCAUGAUGGCAUGGGUGGGAGGCAUGGUGGCAGUGGGAGGCAUGAUGGCAGUGGGAUUCAUGAUGGCAGAGGGAGGCAUGAUGGCAGAGGGAGGCAUGAUGGUAGUGGGAGGCAUGAUGGCAGUGGGAGGCAUGAUGGCAGAGGGAGGCAUGAUGGCAGAGGGAGGCAUGAUGGCAGUGGGAGGCAUGAUGGCUGUGGGAGGCAUGACGGCAGAGGGAGGCAUGAUGGCAGUGGGAGGCAUGAUGGCAGUGGGAGGCAUGAUGGCAGUGGGAGGCAUCAUGGCAGUGGGAGGCAUGAUGGCAGUGGGAGGCAUGAUGGCAGAGGGAGGCAUGAUGGUAGUGGGAGGCAUGAUGGCAGUGGGAGGCAUGAUGGCAGUGGGAGGCAUGAUGGCAGUGGGAGGCAUGAUGGCAGAAGGAGGCAUGAUGGUAGUGGGAGGCAUGAUGGCAGUGGGAGGCAUGAUGGCAGUGGGAGGCAUGAUGGCAGUGGGAGGCAUGAUGGCAGUGGGAGGCAUGAUGGCAGUGGGAGGCAUGAUGGCAGAGGGAGGCAUGAUGGUAGUGGGAGGCAUGAUGGCAGUGGGAGGCAUGAUGGCAGUGGGAGGCAUGAUGGCAGUGGGAGGCAUGAUGGCAGUGGGAGGCAUGAUGGCAGUGGGAGGCAUGAUGGCAGAGGGAGGCAUGAUGGUAGUGGGAGGCAUGAUGGCAGUUGGAGGCAUGAUGGCCGUGGGAGGCAUGAUGGCAUGGGUGGGAGGCAUGGUGGCAGUGGGAGGCAUGAUGGCAGUGGGAUUCAUGAUGGCAGAGGGAGGCAUGAUGGCAGAGGGAGGCAUGAUGGUAGUGGGAGGCAUGAUGGCAGUGGGAGGCAUGAUGGCAGAGGGAGGCAUGAUGGCAGAGGGAGGCAUGAUGGCAGUGGGAGGCAUGAUGGCUGUGGGAGGCAUGACGGCAGAGGGAGGCAUGAUGGCAGUGGGAGGCAUGAUGGCAGUGGGAGGCAUGAUGGCAGUGGGAGGCAUCAUGGCAGUGGGAGGCAUGAUGGCAGUGGGAGGCAUGAUGGCAGAGGGAGGCAUGAUGGUAGUGGGAGGCAUGAUGGCAGUGGGAGGCAUGAUGGCAGUGGGAGGCAUGAUGGCAGUGGGAGGCAUGAUGGCAGAAGGAGGCAUGAUGGUAGUGGGAGGCAUGAUGGCAGUGGGAGGCAUGAUGGCAGUGGGAGGCAUGAUGGCAGUGGGAGGCAUGAUGGCAGAGGGAGGCAUGAUGGUAGUGGGAGGCAUGAUGGCAGUGGGAGGCAUGAUGGCAGUGGGAGGCAUGAUGGCAGUGGGAGGCAUGAUGGCAGAAGGAGGCAUGAUGGUAGUGGGAGGCAUGAUGGCAGUGGGAGGCAUGAUGGCAGAGGGAGGCAUGAUGGCAGAGGGAGGCAUGAUGGCAGUGGGAGGCAUGAUGGCAGAGGGAGGCGACGCUCCUUACGACGCCGCUGGGUGUAACCCUCAUUAUCUGCUUGCUUUCCUUGAGCACACUCUCUACGUCUCUGCCGUUUAUAGCCACUACCAGCCUUACCACCGGUUGCAUGACCACACUUUCCGCUAUACUGGUGGUUGCACGCUCCUCGUGCCCUCCCCCCUCUCCUACCGUUCUCAUUACUCCCGGACCCACGCCACGGCUCUCCCUCCCACCCUCCUCUUGCCCUCGAACAAUGUGUGCAUCGGCCGCACGAACACCAGCUGGAGUAGAGGGAAAAGAUGCAUCAUGCUUCAUAUCACACUCUCCCUCACGCUUCACCCCACGCUCCCCCACACGCUUCACAACACGCUCUCCCUCACGCUUCACAUCACGCUUCACAUCACGCUCUCCCUCUCGCUCUCCCUCACGCUCUCCCUCACGCUCCCCCUCACGCUCUCCCUCACGCUCUCCUUCAUGCUCAGCCUCACACUCUCCCUCCCGCCUGCCCUCACGCCUGCCUUCACGCAUGCCCUCAAGCCCUCCCUCACGCCUGCCCUCACGCUCUCCCUCACGCUCUCCCUCAUGCUCAGCCUCACGCUCUCCCUCCCGCCUGCCCUCACGCCUACCUUCACGCCUGCCCUCAAGCCCUCCCGAACGCCUGCCCUCACGCUCUCCAUCACGCUCAUCCCCACGCUCAUGCCCUUUUUCUGGCAGUUGCUCCUUGUCAUCUACAUCUUCUACAACACGCACCUCUCCCUUGCCCUACUCAUCAUCCCAUGCCUGUCCAUGCGCAGCACGCACCUCUCCCUUCCCCUACUCAUCAUCUCAUGCCUGUCCAUGCGCAGCACGCACCUCUCCCUUCCCCUACUCAUCAUCCCAUGCCUGUCCAUGCGCAGCAUGCACCUCCCUCUUCCCCUACUCAUCAUCCCAUGCCUGUCGAUGCGCAGCACGCAACUCCCCCUUCCCCUAUUCAUCAUCCCAUGCCUGUCCAUGCGCAGCACGCAACUCCCCCUUCCCCUAUUCAUCAUCCCAUGCCUGUCCAUGCGCAGAAUGCAACUCCCCCUUGCCCUACUCAUCAUCCCAUGCCUGUCCAUGCGCAGCACGCACCUCCCUCUUCCCCUACUCAUCAUCCCAUGCCUGUCCAUGCGCAGCAUGCAACUCCCCCUUCCCCUACUCAUCAUCCCAUGCCUGUCCAUGCGCAGCAUGCAACUCCCCCUUGCGCUACUCAUCAUCCCAUGCCUGUCCAUGCGCAGCACGCACCUCCCUCUUCCCCUAUUCAUCAUCCCAUGCCUGUCCAUGCGCAGCACGCACCUCUCCCUUCCCCUACUCAUCAUCCCAUGCCUGUCCAUGCGCAGCACGCAACCCCCCCUUCCCCUACUCAUCAUCCCAUGCCUGUCCAUGCGCAGCACGCAACCCCCCCUUCCCCUACUCAUCAUCCCAUGCCUGUCCAUGCACCGCACGCAACUCCCCCUUCCCCUACUCAUCAUUCCAUGCCUGUCCAUGCGCAGCACGCAACUCCCCCUUCCCCUACUCAUCAUCCCAUGCCUGUCCAUGCGCAGCAUGCACCUCCCUCUUCCCCUACUCAUCAUCCCAUGCCUGUCGAUGCGCAGCACGCAACUCCCCCUUCCCCUAUUCAUCAUCCCAUGCCUGUCCAUGCGCAGCACGCACCUCCCCCUUCCCCUACUCAUCAUCCCAUGCCUGUCCAUGCGCAGCAUGCACCUCUCCCUUCCCCUACUCAUCGUCUCAUGCCUGUCCAUGCGCCGCACGCAACUCCCCCUUCCCCUACUCAUCAUCCCAUGCCUGUCCAUGCGCAGCACGCACCUCCCCCUUCCCCUACUCAUCAUCCCAUGCCUGUUCAUGCGCAGCAUGCACCUCUCCCUUCCCCUACUCAUCGUCUCAUGCCUGUCCAUGCGCCGCACGCAACUCCCCCUUCCCCUAUUCAUCAUCCCAUGCCUGUCCAUGCGCAGCACGCAACUCCCCCUUCCCCUAUUCAUCAUCCCAUGCCUGUCCAUGCGCAGCACGCACCUCCCCCUUCCCCUACUCAUCAUCCCAUGCCUGUUCAUGCGCAGCAUGCACCUCUCCCUUCCCCUACUCAUCGUCUCAUGCCUGUCCAUGCGCCGCACGCAACUCCCCCUUCCCCUAUUCAUCAUCCCAUGCCUGUCCAUGCGCAGCACGCAACUCCCCCUUCCCCUAUUCAUCAUCCCAUGCCUGUCCAUGCGCAGCACGCAACUCCCCCUUCCCCUAUUCAUCAUCCCAUGCCUGUCCAUGCGCAGAAUGCAACUCCCCCUUGCCCUACUCAUCAUCCCAUGCCUGUCCAUGCGCAGCACGCACCUCCCUCUUCCCCUACUCAUCAUCCCAUGCCUGUCCAUGCGCAGCAUGCAACUCCCCCUUCCCCUACUCAUCAUCCCAUGCCUGUCCAUGCGCAGCAUGCAACUCCCCCUUGCGCUACUCAUCAUCCCAUGCCUGUCCAUGCGCAGCACGCACCUCCCUCUUCCCCUAUUCAUCAUCCCAUGCCUGUCCAUGCGCAGCACGCACCUCUCCCUUCCCCUACUCAUCAUCCCAUGCCUGUCCAUGCGCAGCACGCAACCCCCCCUUCCCCUACUCAUCAUCCCAUGCCUGUCCAUGCGCAGCACGCAACCCCCCCUUCCCCUACUUAUCAUCCCAUGCCUGUCCAUGCACCGCACGCAACCCCCCCUUCCCCUACUCAUCAUCCGAUGCCUGCCCAUGCGCAGCACGGACCUCCCCCUUCCCCUACUCAUCCGCGCAUCCCAUGCCUGUCCAUGA